AUGUAUCAUCUACGCAGAGUUAGUGAUAUAAGGCUGUACACAUCUUGUCUCCCGCCUGGCUAUUCUGUGCUGAGAAAAAAAGAGGCACUUUUAAGCAGGGCACGAUUUAAGACUUAUCGAUGUAAGUUUUGUGGAGUUCGGUUUUGUAUCAACUGCUUAUGUGGUGAUUUUCCGGGAAAAAUGUAUGCACCCAAUCUGUGUCGUCGAUGUAAUCAGAAAAACCAUCGAGGACAAAAAGUUAGCUGUGAUGAUGCUUUUAGUGAAGCAGCACAAAAAGUUAUUACCAUGCAAAACGUUAUUAAAGCAGCGAAAGGAAGAGAUAAAAGCAGACCAUAUUUAAAGCCAUCUGUAAAACCCAACUCUACUAACAACUUAACAUCAAAUACCUCUUCUAAUACUGUAAAUGGAAAAAAAGGGGAAGGCAAAAGUAAAAAAAAGGCAAAAGCGACAAGUAGAAUUGACACUGGUCUUAGCAACACCAAAGUAGAGAAGCAAACUACUCAAAAUGGCGAUAGCAUUUCCAACGGUGACAAAAAACCAAAGACAGUUACGAAAUCUAAGAAAACUAAGACUAUUGGAGGAUCCAAGGCAACAGAGUCCACAACUACAAAAACUGCAGGAUCUUCUCGAAAGACGAACAAUAAAGCAAAAAAUAUAAAUAGUCAGAAAGUUUAA